CGGUGCAGCGAUGCAGCGGUGGGAGAGGCCACAGGUGGGACACAUGCACACACACACACACACACACACACACACACACACACACACACACACGCACCACCACUACCAACUCCGUCGUCGGGCACGCCAGGAUGCCAGGAUGCCAGGAUGCGGGCCCCGCAGAAGUCUAAAUUCUACAAGCCUGUUUCAGAGAGGGAGAGCCUCGUGGGCGACCCCCAAGUCAGGGCCACUAGACACUGCAAGGCCGCCAUAGCCCGUGAAUUGAGUUCGUGUCUAGCAGCCGUCGUUCUUGCGUAG